AUGGCAAAUCAACUUGUUGUUGCCGUGAAUCAAGUCAAUGAUUACUUGCAGAAUCCAUCCAAUCCAUACUACCUUCAUCCGAAUGAGAAUCCGUCUCUUGUACUCGUGUCCACUCUUCUCAAUGAGAAGAACUAUCAUCCUUGGGCUCGUGCCAUGAAAAUGGCAUUAUUAUCCAAAAAUAAAUACAGAUUUGUUGAUGGAACUCUACCAGCACCGCAGAUUGCGGAUCCGAUGCGCGUUGCUUGGCAAAGAUGCAACACAACUGGAGACAUUUUCAGAAUUUCAGAUCUGCAGGAAGAAAUAUAUGCAUUCAAACAAGGUGAUCGUGCUAUCACUGAAUAUUUUACAGAACUCAAGAUACUAUAUGAUGAGUUAAUGAAUUUCAGACCUAUACCUGUUUGCACAUGCACUAAUCCUUGUGCUUGUGGUGCUGUGGCAAAAUUUACUACAUAUCAGAAAAAUGACUAUGCAAUUCGCUUCCUUAAAGGACUGAAUGACAGAUUCACUCAUGUUAGAUCUCAAAUCAUGCUUAUAGAUCCUUUGCCUUUCAUAAAUAAAGUUUUCUCACUAGUUGUACAGCAAGAGAGACAAUUGGAUCUUGGUGAAAAUGUGAAGGUAUUUGUUAAUGCAAAGGCAUCAAAUCUUGAAGGAAACUCUCAAAGAGCAAUUAGUUUUAAUCAGUCACAGAACAGAAAUGCUUUCUAUAGAAAUCCUUCUAGCAAUGCAAAGGUGUGCACCUAUUGUGGAAAACAGAGGCAUACUGUAGAUACAUGCUACAAGAAACACGGAUUCCCUCCUGGUUUUAAGUUUAGAAACUCAUCUAUCAAUCAUAUUGCAAUGCAUGAUGCUGCUAAAACAAAUGAAACUGUACAAUCGUAUUAG